UUUCAUAGGUCAGUUAAACCAUCAGUAUUCUAUUCAUUGUUAACAAGAAUGGAUCGUUGGGCUGGAAAACUUGCAAUUGUAACUGGAGCAAGUGCUGGAAUUGGUGAAGCUACUGCGAAAGCUCUAGUUAUAGCAGGCGUAAACGUUCUUGGACUUGCACGAGGAGAAGAAAAGCUUAAGAAACUGCAAAAUAGUCUUACUGGGUGUAGGGGAUCAUUUUAUUAUAUGAAAUGUGAUGUACGUAAUGAAAAAGAUAUUUUGAAUGCAUUCAAAUAUGCUGAUGAAAAACUUGGUGGUGUUAAUAUUUUAAUUAACAAUGCAGGAAUUGUCAAAGCUGCUCUAUUCGAUGCUUUGAAGACGGAUGAGAUUCAUGCCGUCACAGAUAUAAAUCUGAUUGCACCUGUAAUAUGCAUCAGAGAAGCCUUGAAAUCAUUACGCAAACACAAAAGAGAAGGACAUAUCAUAAAUAUUAAUAGCCUUGCCGGUCUUAAUGCCACAAUAAUAGAUCCACUACCAAUCAACAUUUAUCCAGCAACUAAAUUUGGUUUACGGGCAAUAGCUCAGAAUGUUAGAGCAGAAAUUGCAAAAGCUAAAGAUAAGAUACGAUUGACUACAAUUUAUCCUGGUGCCGUCAAAACAGAGAUUAAUACUAGCUCUGGAGUUGACCCAACUAUACUCAAUAGUAUUAUGCCUGAAGUUUUACGGAGUGAAGAUAUAGCAAAUGCUGUCAUUUAUGCUCUUUCAGCACCUCCUCACGUUCAGAUUGAAGAUUUAGCUAUCAGUGGAUUCUAAAAACCUCGUUUUUUUCUUUUACUUUUAUAUGAAUUAUUUGCUAAAAAUAAAUACUCAUCAAAACUAAA